UUCCCGAAGCGGCUCCGAAGGAAGUUCUCUCGGCCGUGUUUCUCGCUUCCAUCUGCUGCUUUUUCGCCGCCGAUCUUCGCCCAUCUUGAUCGAAAUGAACACACAAGACUCUUCUUUAUAGAUAUCUGUGAUUAUUUUGUCUGGAUACAAAGAUCUCUUAAGGAAGAGGCGCAAAACGGAGCUCUGAAGAUGAGAAAAGGGAUCUCGGACACCGCGGUUCGAUCAGCCUCUCUUCCUGAGCAGAAUAUGGGCCUGAUUUCAGGAGCUGAUCGGCUUUCUGCUGUUUAUCCGCCACACAUCCAGAUGAUCACACCGCCUUCACAGCCUCAUCAUGUCCGGGUGUCUUCUUCAUCUGGCAGCUUGUACACAACUCCUUUACAAGGAUCUGCAAACAGCACCGGGUUCAGACCUGCUUUAGGACGACCUCCGGCCAAAAGGCGUUUGGAGCUGGACGUCGCAGAUCACCAAUACAGUGAACCGGCUCGAACGCCAAGGGGUCGCCGAGCACCUCUCCAAAUGAAGAGCCCAAAAGCUCCUAAAACCCCACCCGAGAAGUCGCGCUAUGAUACAUCCCUUGGCCUCCUGACCAAGAAGUUCUGCCAGCUGCUGGCUCAGUCUUCUGAUGGCGUGUUGGAUUUGAACCAGGCUGCCGACACGCUCAACGUCCAGAAGAGACGCUUGUAUGACAUCACCAACGUACUGGAGGGCGUGCGCCUGAUCAAGAAGAAAUCGAAGAACAAUAUCCAGUGGCUGGGCUCGACUCUACCCUCAGAGUCGGGGUUGCCGUGUCCACUCGGCCCUCUGCAGACUCUGAGCAGGGAGAUGCUGGCCCUGCGAGACGAGGAGAGACGACUGGACGAGCUCAUUCAGGCCUGCACUAACAACGUGCAGCACAUGACUGAAGAGAUGCACAACCAGAAGUAUGCCUAUGUCACGUACCAGGACAUCCGGAGAAUCAAAAGCUUGCAGGAUCAAACUGUAAUUGCUGUUAAAGCGCCAUCAGAAACUAAACUGGAGAUUCCUGAUCCAAAGGAGAGUUUACAGGUGCAUCUGAGCAGUUCGAAAGGCCCUAUUGAUGUGUUCCUCUGCACGGACACCAGCGAGUCCAGCAGUCCCCUGCGUAACGGUGUGGACGUGAACGGAAACGACGCCUCCUUCCUCCGAAUGUCCAGAGAAGACACCAAAGACACAGAAAUGUCUGAUUUGAACCAGUCAAACAGUAGCGUGACGCAGACCACCAUGGCACCCUUGUCUCCCUUGAGCUCAUCUCUGUCCUCCAUCCUGGGGCCAUUCGUGACGCUCUCUCCUGCGCUGCUGGGAGACGAGUACCCACUGGGCAUGGACGAGGAGCAGGGCAUCAGCGACCUGUUUGACUCCUACGACCUGGACAUGCUGCCUCUGGACGAGCUGCUCAUGGUGUGAGCCUGCAGGUGAACAGGAGAUGGGUGUGGGGUUUUUUUGUUUGCUUGUUUUUUUUUAAAUAGGGAGGGAAUGGACUUGCAUGAUGAGAUGCGCUGGUUGAGUCUGGAUCAGUUGGACUUUUGGAUCGCCAGUCACGAUUUGUAGUUUUGAUAUUUUUUUUGGUUUGUUUUUUUCAUUCUGUAAAUCCAGAGGAAAUGUGUUUUUUUGUCUUUGUAAGCGUGAUGUUUGCAUAGUAUUGUGGAUGUUGAAAGCUUCUUGGACUUGAUGUCUGCAGUUGAGCCACAAAGCUACAACCUGGUAACCAGGUAGUUUUAUUUUGUCUCGCAAACCUGGUUUGCUUCAGCAGAUUCGUCUGACAUUUCCAGACAAAACAAAUUUCCUGCAUAAUAACUGCACAAGGUCAAAACUUCACAGUGCAGAACGACUUUCAUUUCAGGUCUCAAUUUCUACUUGGGUAAAAUAUGAAGCUAACUAUUGGGACCUUAUGUCUUAAACCCACUUUUGUGUUAAAUAGGAUCUCACACUAGCAAGCAACAGGUGAGUGUUUAUUUUCAGUGCAGGUGCGUGCUACAAUUACAAAUCAUAAAGCAGCACUUGAAUUAAGAUUUUUUUUUAAGCUAUAAGGUGAGACAUCAGCUUGAAUGAUUCCUCCGGCAAAUCCUAUGGUUCGUAUGAUGGAGCUGCAAUUGUUUCCCGUUUAUAGAUUGAUGCACAAAAAAAUGGAAGGAAAAAAAGCAAUAUGACAUGAAACAAGACAAUAAAAUGUAUCAUUACACACAACACUGCAGUUUCAUCUUAUCCUGAAAUAAAGCUUGGAAGAAAGUCGCAGCAAUCACUGUAGUCUCUGGCGGGCAUGUAACGACAUAUCAUGUGACGAUAAAUCAUGGUACAGCUUUGACUAUUCGAAUCAGGUGAAAUAAAAAAAAUCUCUUA